AUGUCAAUGAGAUGCCAGCCGAUAGGAAGCAAAAAGUGCUGUGAGUUGAUGAUCAGUGGAAAGUACAGAAAGACACGAGCCCAAAGACGUCAGAGCGAAUUUCUUGCACAGCUUGGUGCUGAACUGCGACUGCGAAAGUUAUUGAAGUCGUGCAAUGACCGAGAAAAACAGGAAUUGCUCAUAAAAUCGUAUAACUUCCUUAUGGGUGAUAUGGGUGAACGAUUCUUGGCAAUGUCCAUAUUUCCGAAGACGCUUGGCAGAAUUCUUGAAAACAGGGGAGGACCUGCAGGAUUUAGCAUGGAUGAAAAGGAAGAGAAUGAGCUAGAAUCAUCCGAAUCGAAACGCCGGAAAAGGGAGUUCGACAUUCAAGAUACUGUUAUUGACCUCAUAAGUGAUGCAGCACUUCCUUCCCCGAUUGUGUCCUACUGCUGUUCGAAUGAGGCGUGCUUAGAAUGCUAUGCUGUACUUACAAUAUUAGCUGAAUAUGGUGCUUUAUGUAAUCUAACGGUGGAACAGUGUACUGCUUUAAGAUCUUAUUUGGGUUCAGAGUCGUCUUCGAUCGAAGUUCGUUUACCUUUCAUUUGA